CUCGUUCAUAUUUUUCUAAUAAGACAGUUUGUAAAAGCGAAAAUAAGUUUAGUCGUAAAAGUGUUUGUGGCCAGUGUGCAACGUCGGAACAGAUUUAAAAAUUUUAAUUCAAAAGAAACAAACUUAAUUACAAAAUGAGCUCUGCUGAAUAUUAUCCAUUCAAGUGUACCCCCACUGUCUAUCCAGCUGAUCCGUUCGAUCCCGUUGAUGAUGCCGCAAUUCUGCGUAAAGCCAUGAAAGGCUUUGGUACUGAUGAAAAGUCCAUCAUUGAAGUGCUCGCACGUCGUGGUAUUGUACAACGUUUGGAAAUUGCUGAAGCUUUCAAGACCGCUUAUGGCAAGGAUCUUAUUUCGGACUUAAAAUCCGAAUUGGGUGGUAAAUUCGAAGAUGUUAUUGUUGCCUUAAUGACACCAUUGCCACAGUUCUAUGCAAAUGAAUUACAUGAUGCUAUCUCUGGUCUGGGUACCGAUGAUGAAGCUAUCAUUGAAAUCUUGUGCACACUCUCCAACUAUGGCAUCAAAACAAUUGCACAAUUCUAUGAACAAAGUUUCGGCAGAUCACUGGAAUCUGACUUGAAAGGUGACACCAGCGGACACUUCAAGAGAUUAUGUGUAUCAUUGGUACAAGGCAAUCGUGAUGAAAAUCAGGGCGUUGAUGAGGCAGCAGCCGUUGCUGACGCACAAGCCUUACACGAUGCCGGUGAAGGACAAUGGGGCACAGAUGAAUCAGUAUUUAAUUCUAUUUUAGUAACACGCUCCUAUCAGCAAUUGCGUCAAAUUUUCCUUGAAUACGAAAAUGUUUCUGGAAAUGAUAUUGAAAAAGCCAUCAAGAAAGAAUUCAGUGGGUCCGUAGAAAAGGGUUUCUUGGCUAUUGUUAAAUGCUGUAAGUCUAAAGUCGAUUACUUCGCUGAGCGCUUGUACGACUCAAUGCAUGGUAUUGGCACCAAGGACAAGACACUGAUACGUAUUGUUGUAAGCCGUUCCGAAAUUGAUUUGGGUGAUAUUAAGGAAGCAUUCCAAAAUAAAUACGGCAAGAGUUUAGAAUCCUGGAUUAAGGAUGAUUUAUCUGGCGAUUAUAGCAGCGUCCUAUGCCAAUUGGCUUCAUAUUAAAAUGCGGGCAGUUUUUAUUGGUUUAUUAUAAUUUAUUAUUAAAAAAAACAUUAUUUUGUUUAUUAAAUAUUUUAUGCAUUUCAUUUCUAAAAUUUGUUUAAAUAUUUUAAAUAAAUUAAUUUUAAUAAAUA